UCCUAAAAUUUCAGCCUUGAUAUGCAACUAGCCUUGCACAGCGAGCACGUUGCAUCAACCGCCAUGGACCGGCAGAAGGGGGCGUAGGCUUAUGGAUACUGAUUCGUGUGCCUAAAAUAUGUCAUCCACAGCCUCAGAAGCCAUUGUUUUCAACUCUUUGUUCGUCUGCCUGCCAUGAAUGUAUACUGACGAGUCAAAUUCACAUAGAUGACCCUAAGCACAACAUACUGUAAUGUUCGAGCCUCCCACAUUCUAAGAUUGUGAAAGCAGCAACUUUGCGUCGCGCUUCGUUCCUCUCCUUCCACGAUAUCAUCGUCAACUGAGAUCUCAACGCCGGAACCCUUCUAUCCAUACGUCAAGGACACAUUCUUCGCGAGAAGAGGAUACUGUGAUGGCAGAAGCUGCGACCAUCAUUGCACUUGGAACAUUUGGAGCACAAACCGCUAAGGUUGUGCUCAAGCUUGUGCAGCUUCGGCCCUUUAUCAAAAAAUGCCACACUGAUGUGCUAGCACUUAUCGAUGAAACGGAACAUCUCCAGAGCAUCUUAACGGUACGAAAGAGAGAGCAAGAUCAGUUUGCUGGCAUUUCUGUACCUGAUACAAUAUGGUCGAUGUGUGAAGAUCGCUGUGAGAGAGCGGCUCAAAAGCUCGACAGAACAGCGACAGAACUACUGGGUAAAAUUAAUCGACAGAAGUUUGGAGGAUCUCUUGCAGUCUACCUUGCGAGGGACACGAUCUUAAAAUUGCAGACUUCGCUCCAGAGCGCGAGGCAGGACAUUAUACUAGCUGAUUAUGCCUUCACGAGGACACUUCAAUACAACCUUAUUGAACACGUGAGAAGGUCGGAGAGAAUUUCGGAAGAGCUAUUAUUUCGGAUCACCCAAGGAGCUGUAAACAGCUUGAAUGAUACCAAUUCUGUUACAACCUCGACGGCCGACAUCGACUACUUCGUCUUUACUGGUGUGCAACGUGGCGGCAAGCUAAAGAUGCUGCAAAUAGAGGUUCAUGAUUUGGAGGAUGGAGAAUUCUUCAAGAUUUUGAGAAUACAGCAUAACAGAAUACGAGGCUUUAUGCUCUCUUGUUUCAGUGUGUGGAUAUUUACUCACUUCGACUUUUAUCUGUUUCAGAAACUCGGUCGAUCAGAGUACUGUCGUGUAAGAAAAGCCAUCCUCCCGUCAGGUAUUUCUGGUUACAGAAAAAGGAGUCGGCCGUAUCUCGGCCUGGACGAGAUAACUCACCUCUUACGUGGACUUAUUGAUGCUCAAGGUCAAUAUGCUAUAGAAAGCCUCCCACAGCGAAAUCGCCCCUUACGAGAAGACUUUCAUGAGCUAGAGACGUUUUGGGGGCUUUCUGCUACCUAUUCUGUUUCGGCAUAUCGAAUCCUAUUGUACAUUAUCGUGGGAUGGGUGUCAUCAAGCUUACUUUGCAUCGCAACUAUGAAAGAUAUCUGGGCCUGUAUUAGCUUAUGUUUGAUUUCCUGGACGGUAGUUCCAAUUAUGGUUUUAUGGACCGUUCAUCUGAGUUGCAAUGAGUAGUUCACACAUGGAUUGGCUAGUGGAAUGAGGA